AUGCCGGCGAACGCUCAUCCGAGCAUUUCGAGCAGUAAGAGCGGGUCGCGGAGAACGCCGUCCAAGGCGUCCCUGCCCGGCGUCGACGCUGAGCGCGGCGCCGACGCCAAGCCGCGCGAACAUGGCCCGCACUUCGUUCCAGUAAAAAGGACCGCGACGCUUGAGAAGGUGUCGUACUCCGCCGAGCUUACGCCCGGUGAACGGCCAAGGCCCCAAGACAAGAUCUUUCCGAUGCCUCUCAUAUCUCUGGUGCCCUGCUGGGUGGGCUCGCUGUGCGUGGGGACGGCGCUGGGCUACUCGCUGCCAGCCGGCCGAAGCUUGCACCUUGCUAAGGACAGCGGAGCCUUCGACAUCACCCAUGCCCAGAUAUUCUGGUUCGGCUCGCUGAUGGCUCUGGGGGCAGUGUUUGGCAGCCUUGCGCGCUUCGCCAACGGCUUCUUCACGGGCUUCGUCUCACUCGUCGUGCCCGCGCAUAUAGCCGAAAUGUCUCUCGCAGCUCACCGCGGCACAGACCUGGGCAUGCUGUACGCGCUCACCGCCGGCCUCUUCCUGGACUGGUCCCGGUUGGCGCUGUGCUGCGCGCCGCCCGCACUGCUCCUGCUGCUGCUGACCGGAGGCCUCCUGGUCGAGUCUCCGCGGUGGCUGCUGUGCGGCCACAGGCGACAGCGUGCCCUGGAAGCCUUGCUGAGCGUACGCUCAAGCCGAUUCAGGGCUGCGGCGGAAGCCGAGUUUGAGGCGAUCGCCGCCAUCUUUCCAAACUACAAGACGUCGCCAGCACACUACAUGCUCGCCGUACUCGUCAUGGGUGCCCAGCAGUUCAGCGGCAUCAACUGCGUCUUGCUGUCCUCUACAAGCCUGGUUGUCACGCAGGAAUACACGCACACCCUCAGUUUGCUGGCGCUCAUUCAAUUCCUGGUGGCGUCUCUCGUGGUGCCCUUCCUGGACCUGGCGGGUCGGCGCAAGUUGCUCCUACUCUCCACUAUUGUGUGCUCGGGUAGCCUGAUCACGUUGGGCUUGGUCUACUACCCUUCAACCCCAACAGUUACCAACGACAUCGAAACGACCACGCUGCAUGUUUCGCAGUCGGUGGUGCCAGUUGCCACCGCUUCCACUGCACACCAGCCAAAUGGUGCAACGUUCGCCUUACAGAUUGUUUGGGAACGCCAUCUGGUGCGCGUAUUCUCAUCGGUGCAGGCCUUUCUGGUCGCUGGCUACUCUGCCGGUCUGGGUCCGGUGCCAUGGAUCCUUGCCGUGGAAUUGACUCCGCUGCGUGGCGAUGGCAUGGAGCUGGGAAGCGUGUACGCUGCCAGUUGGACUGCCUUUUUCGUGACAGCCAACUACUACUCCACGACGAGCACGUUGCAGUGGCUGGUCGUCACGCUGUGGGUGUACAGCUGUCUGACUCUCACCAGCGGUUUCCUAUUCCUGGUCUUGCUGCCGGAGACCUGCGCAUGCGUCGAUCGAGGACGUGCUGCUCAUGGGUCAUGGCGUAAAGGUGGGCAAAACAACAGUGCAGUUGCCAGUUUGCCACGUACCCUUUAG